UGUGCGCUUGCGCAAUAACGAAAAGUGUGGUAGAAGGGAUAAAAAUACAGUUCGGGUUAGUCUUCAGUGUUACCAACACAACGUUAAAAAAUUUCCCAAGUGCUUGCUUCUAACUUUGCUUCAAAAUAUAUUUGUUGACAUUCAGCUCUGUUGACUUUUAUUCGAGGUUAAUUCUUUUCAUUGUUGAAUUUAACAAAUUCAUGUGGUUUCGGAGUUCAAUAGUACAAUUUUUUUAGGUUCAUUUAUAUUAGUGUCAUAUUUUUUCAAUACAAAUUAAUAAUUUUGUAGUGAUUUGUCGGUAAAAAUUAAAAAUAACAAUUAUACUAAUUAAUUACAAAAAUGGGUGUUCACAUUGAGGAAAAUGAAAAUUACAAUGAUCAGAAUGUUAUUCGAGCACAUACUAAUUUAUUAAAAAAUAUAGCUAAACUUGAUAAGGAUCUAAUCAGAGUUAAUAAACCAUUAAAAAGCGAACCAACUUUAGAAAUUUCUGAAUUUCAUCUCAACAAAAAUUCUAGCUCAGGUAGAGAUACUAUCAAAGUCACAGAGCUAGUAAAAAAGUUAAGUGGAAGUCAACCCCAAAAAAUAAUUAAUUCUGCCAAGUAUUCACGGGCUAUACCGAAACCAGCAGAAAAAGUAACUGCCGAUAAGCUAAAACGUCAAAUUGGUUUCCAAAAUACCCAAAAUGAGUUUGAAAAAUGGACAGGAAUAAUAAAUAACAAUAGAAUAUCAGAAAACCUAGUAUUUCCUAUGCAACAACCUGUCAUAAAACAAGAUGCAACUGUUGAGUUUAUCGAAAGAUGCAAGGUUAAAUCAGAACUUGAAAAUGAAAUUGAAAAGCUAGAACCGAAAAAAUUUAUUGAGCCCAAAGAUACGACCAAUGAGUUUCCACUGACGUUAGAAGAGAUGUUGGAAAAAACUAGGGAAGCAGCUAAAUUACGUGCACAACAAAGUUAUGUAGCAGCAAAAAAUUAUAAACAGAAAAAAGUUAAGAGUAAAACAUUUCAUAAAUAUAUGAAACGAAAACAACUGAAACAACAAUUAAAAGAUUUUGAAGAAUUACAAAAAACUGAUCCUAAAGCUGCUCUAGAAAAAUUGGAGCAAUUAGAUCGAGUUAGGGCAUUAGAAAGAAUGUCAUUGAAGCAUAAAAACACUGGUACAUGGGCUAAAAAUAAACAAAUACGAGCGAAACAUGAUAAGCAAAGUCGUCAAGAAUUAGCUCAACAACUUUCAAUUGGUCGUAGUUUAACCGAAAAGCGUUAUAGUGAUGAUAUCAGUGAUUCUGAAAAUCAAGAGGUAACAAGACCAGUACAGUCUACAUCAUCUGAAGCAAAUCCUUGGAUGAAUGAUAAAACUGAAGAGAGUAUAGAUGAAUUUAUCAGUAAAUGUCGCAAAUACUAUGAUGAAAAAAAUAAAUCUGCUAAAAUUUCAAAAUCAGAUGAUGCUACAAUUACUGACUGCUUGAAUAGUUUUUCAUCUAAUUCGAAUAAAAUUGUUGAAAAUGAUGAAACAUAUAAGAAUGAAGAAAAUUAUAAAUUAUUUAAAAAUAAAAUAAAGUCAACACCAAAAUUAAAUUCAAAUAAAAAAUCAAAAAUAACUAAUAAGCACGUGGGUACAACUAAAUGGUCAGUAGAGCCGGUUACAAUUCAUAAUACUCAAGAAUCAUUACCAGGUGCUGUUUUAUCUGUUACAUCAAUCGAUCAACUAUUCGACAAAGUCAGAGAUAAGGUCAAUGCUAAAAAAAAUGAAAAAAAACAGAAACACAUUAUUACCAAAAAGAAAGAAAAAAAUGAUGCACCAAUAGACAUUCAAGAAGUUGAAAAUGAACAGCCAGUAAUGAAUGACAAAAUAAUUAAUUUUGAAGUGAAUAAAUCUUUCAAUGGAGUAACAGUUGAUAAUGAUAUUGAUACAGAAGAUGAGCGCCCGAUAUUGAAAUCUAAUGAAGUAAAAUCGACUUUGAACAAAAAAAGUCGUAUUGAAAUUGAUCCAAAAAAUUAUAUUAAUACUAAAUCCAAAUGUAUAAGCGUUGACUUCACUGAAUAUAAAAAUGAUGAUGAUGAUGACAAUGAAAUCUUCAAUAAUAGCAACAGUGAAGGUGAAGAAAUUGAUCAAGCAGGAAUUAUCAGUGAAGCUUUUGCAGAUGAUGAUGUUGUAGAUGAAUUCGCAGAAGAAAAGCAAUCAAAGACUGAACAAUCGCAAACGAAGAAUUUAAUUGAAUCUUUCCCUGGUUGGGGAAGCUGGACAGGCGUGAAUAUAAAAACUAUUAAAACUAAAAAACGGCGCUUCAUCGUUAAAUCUCCGGUGACCCUGAAGCAGAAGAAUAAUAACAAGGAUAUUAUCAUCAGUGAAAAUGACGAAAAUAAACUAAAAACACAUCAAGUUGGCGAUAUUCCACAUCCAUUUAACAGUAUAACAGAGUUUGAAGCAAGCAUUAGAGCACCUUGCGGUCGAAAUUUUGUUCCUGAAAAUGCGCAUAGACGACUUACUCAACCUUCAGUCGUUACUAAAUUAGGAAAAAUAAUUGAUCCUAUAGAUCAUGAAGUUCUUUUGAAGAGAAAAAAAAUAAAAUUAUUAUAGAAGUAUAAAAUAUUAUUGUAUGCUAACAAUAUUAAUAAAAAUGUUCAUUAAAACAUA